AAGAUAAAGUUGAGAGCGGCGGUUGAGAGCGGUUAGAGGCUAAUUUUAAAAUAUGCAUUUGUGAAGGCUGUUAACCUACAAUGCACGGACAGCGGUACAAAGUUUGACUGUCAAAAGUUUAUGAAGGUCAGAAUGAGGUUUUUUUUAAUUCAUCCCUCCCGGCAGGAGCCAGCCAGUCAGAAGAAGGCUUCCACGCAGCUGCCACAGGCCAUUGGAGACGCUUCAUGCUCAGCAGCAAAAUGGCCGCCCGUCAACCGACUGACUCCACAGCGCUUUGAAAUUUAAAUUCUUCUGCACAUUAGGGUUUACACUAUUACAACGUUAGUACUUAUUUACAAACCAGUAGCUUAGUGCGCGUGUAUUUGCAUCAUCUGCCACUUACUUGACUGUCCGCUCAGGCGUCGCUGUUCUUGUAGCCUCGACGAAUGCCUCAAAAAGCUAAAAAAAGAAAUCGCACUGAAGCACUUUAGCUAAGCUAGCUAGCACGCUAGCUUUUCUUCAUAUGUGAUUCCAGAGAAGAACGGAGUAUCAGGACAGGAGCAGUAGUUCAUGGAAGACAAGAAAAGGAAAAAAGACGACAAAAGGAAAAGGGAAGCCUCUCAGAAGGUCACAGAACAAAAAAACAAAGUGCCAGACUUGACCAAGCCAGUGUCUGCCCAGUCUCCUGCCACUCAGAGCAGCUCUGCCUCCCCCAGCCCUGGACCCACCCCCUCUGCCUCCCCAUCCCCAGCCACCUUGGGCCCUGGCAGUGCUGCCUCCCCGUCACAGGGCGGCAACAAUGCCAAGCGCCUGGCGGUGGCCAACGGACAGCCCACCUCCACAACCAUUUCUUCCUCCACCGCUGGCGGCCCCGGUGCUGCUGGAAACGGCAGCGCAAGUAGCGGAGGCGGAGCCCAAGCGCCUCAGCAGCAACCGCGCUACAUGCCGAGAGAAGUGCCGCCGCGAUUCCGCUGCCAGCAGGACCAUAAAGUGCUACUGAAGAGGGGUCAGCCGCCACUGUCCUCCAUGCUGCUGGGAGGGGGAGGGGGAGGAGGAGGAGGAGGGGAUGGCCCCAAUGCAAACAUGGCUGCUGUCUCAGAUUCUGGUGCAGCUGCCGCCUCAUCAUUGGCCCCCACCUCAUCAUCAGUUGCUGCUUCUACUACUACUUCAAAUUAUGCAAAUUCCAUGUGGGGGGCAAGCUCAGGCAGCCAGGUCCCCUCUCAGGGCAGGGAGAAGGUGAUCGUUGAUGGCAACGACCUGGAGGAGUGGCCUAGCAUCGCUGGCAGUGAAGGGGUAGGAGCUUCUUUCACUGGGGCUGGAGGGGGCAGCAGCAACAACGGAAUUCCUGUGAACAGCAUUAGUGCCUCUGGCAACCAAUCCUCACCCACUUCCUCGUUCUCUUUGCCCAAUGAAUGUAUGCAGUCGUCCAACGGUGUGGCGUGGGGGAUGGCUGCCUCCCAGGGUCAUCUUGGAGGAGGGAAUGUGGUAGCUGCAGCUGGGUCUCUGCUACAACAGCCCUCUUCACUUUCCAAAGCCUCCGCUGUGCCAGGGAGCCAUGAUGCCAGUGGCCCCGUCGACGGCAGCAGUGGGAUUCCAGGUGCCAACUUCAAUCCAAAUGCCAACCCUUUGGCCUGGCCUGCCCUGGUGCAGCAGGAUGGGCCCGCUGCUGCAGGGGAAGGAGGUCCGUCUUCCUUCCAUCCCCAGGGCCCUGGGGGGUCUUUAUCUGCCAACUCUGCUUCCCUGAGCCUGGCGGUGGGAGGCGGGGCAGCCGGAGUGCUGGGGGGUCACCCACCUUUAUCUGUGAAUCAAUCAAGCACCCAUCAGCGGCAACUUCACCAAAUGCAAUCCAGAGACAGAGAGAUGGGAGGGGGGAAGUGGGACAGCGAAUCAGCGGGACCAAAAAUCGCAGGGGGGGAAGGGAUUGGGGGAGGAAUGGACCGUGGUGUGGGAGGAAGCGAGAUAAGUGUGGGAGACCACAGCCUUGCCUCCUCAUGGAGAGGCCAGUCUUCUUACUCUGCAGCUAACUCCAAAAUGGGUGCCUCAAGGACUGAUGGGUGGGAGGGUGGAGGAGGUGGCACAGGGGGAUUCGGAGCUGCUGAAGGAGAUAAUGGGACCUCGGGUUGGGGGUAUCCGAGUUCCACUAGUGGGAUUAAUGCUUGGGGCAGUGCUGGAACUGAGGGAAACAGUAGUCAAACCUCCGGGGUAUCUCAGGGAGGGUGGGGCUCAUCAGGAGUAGGAGGAGAGAGAGGAGUUUCUGGUGGUGAAUGGGGUGGGAGCUCCACUGGUAUUGGUGGCGCCAAUCCAGGAGGUGAGGGAAUUGGUGGAGCCUGCAGCAGUAACAGCAGCAGUAGUGGGGGCAGCACAGCUGGCAACCCCCCUGCCACCUCUUCCUCUUCCUCAACAGCCACCACUAUGACCAGAGCUUGGGACAAUCAGAAGGGGGAGAGUGAAACGGGGGAAUGGGGUGGGGGAGGAGAUGUACAGGGAGCACAGGGAGGAUCUUCAUCUAGUGGUGGAAAUUCCAGAAAUGGGAGCGGGCCUAACAGUAGACACAGUCGUCCUCCCCUCCCUGCACCUAAUGCUGAAGAUGCCUUAGAAAACCUGCUCAGCCGGUCUGAUCUGGACCCUCGGGUCCUAUCCAACACCGGCUGGGGCCAAACACAGAUCCGACAAAACACGUCCUGGGACUUUGAAGAACGUGGAGGACAGAGUAAAGGUAGAUCUUCAUCAGCGACAUCGAAACACACAUCUUCUCAUGGUGGUUCUUCUCAGUAUUCUGGUGGACCCAGGACUCUAAUCACUGAUUCUAUGGGUCCAGGGGUCAAUCCCUCCCUGGUUCCAUCUGCUGGGUCCUCCAGAGAGGGCUGGGAGAGCAGCAGCAACAGUAGCAGUAGUGGGGCCUCUCUGUCUGGGAGAGCCCCACAAAAUUCAGGCCCCAACAUGAGGAAUCUUGGCGUCUCACAAUCUGGGCCAGUGACCACAACGGGACCCGGAAUGGGGUCGGGGGUAAUGCCAGGACAUAGCCAGCAGGGUAAGGCUACAGGCUGGGGUGGAGGAGGGACGGGGGCUGGGGAUGCCCAGCAGGCCAAGGGCUGGGGAAAUGAGGAAUGGAGAGACGGCGGCGGCGGUAGUAGUAGUAGUAGAAGUAGUAGUAGAGGAGGAAAUGGAGGAGGAGGAUGGGGUGAUCCUGGGCAACAGGGUGACUCAGUGAGUGGAGGCUGGGGAGGAAAUAAGGAGGAGAAAGGGGCAGGGGGGUGGAAAGAAAUGGGAGGGAAUGGAGGAGGGAGCGGGUGGGGAUCAGGACAGAAGGCUGGGGCAGGUAGGGACUGGGGAGAGCAACAGUCCAAAUCAAAUAGCGGAGGAGGGGGAUGGGAGGAUGACAGGAAGAAUGGAGGAGGAGGAAACUCAGGUGGGGAUUCAGGUGGGGGUAGUUGGGGGAGCUGGGACGAAGGUGCUCCUCGGAGAACCUGGGGAGCCGGUGGCACAGGGGGGGGAGGAGGGAGUGGAGGAGGGGGGGUGGGUGUUGUUGGGGGCAUGGGGUCCAAACCCCAUCAAAGUUGGAGUGGAGGAAACAAAAUGCACCAGAUGCCAAACAGCCAGCCGGGCUCCAUCACAGGCCCGCAGGCACAACUGCAACAGCAACAAUCACAGCCCCGCAAUCAGCAUCCACAGCGACAGCCAGCGAUGGACCAAGGGGCUAUGCAAGGGGUCGGGGGGAGGAAACCCACCUCUCAAGCCCAGAAUCAGAACCAAAGCUCAGGCUGGACCUCGGGACCCAUUCCUGGUAGCUCUGGAGGAGGUGGAAGUGGAUCUGAACCAAGCGGCUGGGAGGAACCCUCCCCACAGUCUAUAAGCAGAAAGAACGAGAUAGAUGAUGGAACAUCAGCAUGGGGAGACCCAACCCAUUACAACUACAAGCCGGUCAACCUGUGGGAUAAGAACAGCGCCCCUGCUGGGCAGCAGCCACAUGACCAGCAGCCACAGAGCCAGGCUCCGGCUAAGCAGCAACAGCAACAGCAACAACAACAACAGCAACAGCAACAACAACAACAACAACAGCAACAACAGCAACAACAGCAACAGCAGGCUCCUCCAAUACAACAGCAGCCUAGCAGGCAAGCUGCAGCCCUUGGAGGUAACCGAGACUUCAACACUGGCCAUGGACCUGGAAAAACUUCAGCUAUUGGUCCGUCAGGUUGGGGUGGUACUUCUCCAACUAGUCCUACAGCGGACAAUGGCACCGGAGCUUGGGGAAAGACUACUGACGCACCUACUGGCUGGGGAGACCCUGAAGAGGCCGGAGGGAAGAACACGGGCUGGGGCAACCCUCCUCCCAACCCCAUCAAAUCUGGUUCAAAGUCUAUGCAAGAUGGCUGGGGGGAUAAAGAGGCCUCUGUGGCUGCCUCGCGUCACUCAAGCUGGGAGGACGAGGAGGAGGGAGGCGGAGGCGGAGGCGGAGGCGGAGGCGGAGGCGGAGGCGGAGGCGGAGGCGGCGGCAUGUGGAACAACAGCUCUGGCUCCCAGGGAAGCAGCUCGUCUUGGGGACAGGGAAGCAACAGUGGCUGGGGGCAGAGCCACCCGGGGAAGAAGCCCACCAACAAGGGUCCAAUGAAGGUUGGCGGAGGAGACUCGUGGAUGAGCCCGAUCAACAAACAGUUUUCUAACAUGGGGCUGCUGAAUGAUGAUCCCAGUAGCCCGAACAUCGACCUGGCUCCGGGUUCUCUCCAGGAGAAGAAGAUGGAUAUGGAGAAAAGAGCCAUGGGGAUGGGGAUGGGAAUGAAUGAUUACAAUGGAGACCUAAGGAAGGGAGGAGGAGGAGGAGGAGGAAGAGGAGGAGGAGGGGGGAUGGCUUAUCGUCCACCUGGUUCCAAAGAGGCAGCACCUGGGGAUGCUGGGUCCUACUACGACAAGACCUUGCCUUUGACCAAUCAGGAUUGGUGCCUUGGGGAGGAGGGUCCUAGCUCUCUGUACUCACCACCCACUGUCUACAAGUCCCAUUCUCUCUUCAACCACAAUAUUCCCUUUAGACAAGGCAGUCACAGUAUCUUUGGCAGUAGUGGAGGGAUGGCUCAGUCAAGACACCAGCCAAGUGUCCCACCCAUAAACCAGUCCCCAGGGAUACGAGCGCAAGUGCCUCAUCAGUUCCUGUCACCUCAGGUGCCAGGCUCCGUGCUGAAGCAGAUGCCCCCUCCCAGCGGGAGCGUGGGGGGUGUUGGUGGAGCGGCAGGCGUCGGGGGAGGUGUGUUCCCUCCACAGCUGUCCCCCCAGCAUCUUGCCAUGCUCAGCAGCAUCUACCCACCUCACAUCCAGUUCCAGUUGGCUUGUCAGCUCCUCCUGCAGCAGCAGCAGCAGCAGCCGCCGCAGCAGCAGCAACAACAACAGCAGCAGCCACAGCAUCUACUGCAAAACCAGAGGAAGUUCACACCGAAUGUGCGGCAGCAGGCUGACCCUCAACAGCUGGCCAGGAUCAUGGCAGUGCUCCAGCAGCAGAGGCAGCAGCAGCAGCAGCAGCAGCAGCAGCAGCAGGUCGGGGGUUUAGGCGGCAGCUCCAAGCUUUCCCCCUCCCACCAUGGUGGAGGUGGCGGAGGGGGUCCCAAACUGCUGGGGGCCGAUUCCCUGCCUCAUCCAGGCCUGGCGGGAUCUGUGGCUGAUCUGCACCAGAAAACUCUUGGACCAUAUUCCGGAUUUGUAUCUGGGGUGAACCUCCCAGGUCUGGACCUGGGCGGCUCUGUAGUAGGGGGUCCUGGGGGCAUGAAGGACCUCGGGAUUCAGCAAUCCCGCUUCAAAUGGAUGAUGGAAGGACACUCUUCUCCAGACACCUCAUCACCUGAGAACGCAUUCCACAAAAACGGUCCUGUCACCCCCAUGAAGAUGCCGGGGGGCUCACCCUACUCUCAGUACGACAUGAUGGUUGGGGACGGGCUGGGAGACAACUGGCAUCGCACCCCUGGCAACAAGAUGGUUACCAAGCCCACCGUCACGCCCAGCUGGCCCCCUGAGUUCCAGCCUGGUGUGCCCUGGAAGGGAAUCGACCGUGUCGACCCUGAUUCCGACCCUUACAUGACCCCAGGGAGCAUGAUGGGAAACGCAGUGUCCCCCAACCUCAACGAUACCGAGCACCAGUUGUUACAAGACAAUACAGAUUCCACCCCUCCCCUCAACACCUUGCUGCCUUCACCUGGUGCCUGGCCCUACAGUGCCUCAGACAGUCCCCUCAACAAUGCACACAACUCAGCAAAGUACACAGACUACAAGACCAGCUGGCCCCCAGAGCCCAUCGGACACAAAUCCUGGAAAGCUACCCGUGGCAGCAGCCAGAGCCAGCUGUCCCGCCCGCCUCCAGGACUAGCCAGUCAAAAGCAGCCAUCGCCUUCCCCUUGGUCUGGAGGAGCCCCUCGAUUGGCUGGCCGGGGCUGGGGCGGUGGCUCCAGCACCACUGCCUCAACCUGGAGUGACGGCAGCUCUCGGGAAAGCUGCUGGUUGGUGCUCAGCAACCUCACACCACAGAUUGAUGGCUCCACUCUGAGGACCAUCUGCAUGCAGCACGGCCCUCUGCUGACCUUUCACCUUGGCCUGACCCAGGGCACCGCUCUGAUUCGCUACGGCUCCAAACAGGAGGCGGCCAAGGCCCAGAGCGCACUCCACAUGUGUGUUCUGGGUAAUACCACCAUCUUGGCGGAGUUCGUGAGCGAGGAGGAUGUGGCUCGCUACAUUGCACAUUCCCAGGCAGGAGGAGCAGGGAGCGGAGGAACCGCAGCCGGCUCAGCAGGCUCCGGGCCGACGUCCUCCUCCGCAGUGGGGUCCAACGGUAACGGAGGGAGCUGCGAGAGAGGCGGAGCAGGAGGCGGAGCAGGAGGCGGCGGCAGCGGAGGAGGAGUAGUAGAAGGAGGGUCCUCAGCUGGAGGAGCAGGAAAUGGAGGAGCCGGGCCUUCCAGCUCCGGGUGGCAGAGUCUGGACAGCACAGGCAGCUCAUCGGACCAGUCUGCCACCCAGGGGCCCGGGCUGGGCAUCUUCGCCCAGUGGAGCAGCAACGGGACCGUGGUGGGCAGGGCCGGAGGCGUGGAGGGCGGAAGGCAGGGUCUGUGGGGGGGGAUGGGCGGGAUGAGCGGGGCCGGGUACUCCAGCAGUAGCCUCUGGGGUUCCCCGGCACUAGAUGACCGUCACCAGAUGGGCAGCCCCGCCUCACUGCUGCCCGGGGACCUGCUGGGUGGGGGGGCCGACUGACACACACACACACACACACAUUUUACACCCAAGUUGUAAUACAUGUCUCAUACUCUAUUUAUUUCCACGUAGAGAUGACAUGAAUAAAGCUCCAUUGGUCACCCAACAUUCAUACUAGACACAGGAUACGUGCAGUACAUGCACACAUUGUUUUCACACACACACACACACACACACACACACACACACAGUAAACCGCUUAACUUUAAAUGAAGACGACAGUAAAACUUGAACCGGGGGAAAAGGUGAAAUCCAUUAAACUCUUUUAGGACUCAUCUGGAUAGCUCUUUGUCUUUUUACUCCCACCAUCUGCAUUCAGAGACCCGCUCACUCAGGCAUGCACUGUAGACAGGCUCAGCCAGAGUCCUACACGUCAGCAAGUUUAGCUUUUGCUGUUUUUAGUGUGCCACAAUUUAUUUUCUUUUGUAUUGCUAUUUAAUGGUCGAAUCUCAAAAAUUUCGACUUGCAGACUGAGCCCUCGUAGACCUGGCUGGCGUACUUCUAAGUUCUCGUGUUGGAAGCUUUAGAGCGGGGGAAGGAUCAGGAGUUUGAGUAGAAUCGGGGACGGCGCCACACUACUGAGUCAAAUGGACGAUCGGCAACCUUUUGAGAUCUGGAAAAGGAGAGCGUUUCUAGUCGGUACCGGCACCGCUACCUUGGUGGAAACAUGCCAUCAACAUGGGACCCAGGGUAAAAAACAAAGAAGAAAAAUCAAAACCGAAACAACAUUAGCCAAACUUGCACUAUAUGCCUCUGGGUUUGUUGUUGACAAAUCCUCCACAAAUCCCUCCAUUUGUUUUUACUUUUUUUUUUUUGGGAAACGGCUACAACACAACUACACAGACCGUACCGGAUGACUUAAUGUUACAACAGCAGUGGCCUUGGCUAACAACCAGCGGCCGCACGCCCGCCAUGUCAGCAGCCUUCACACCUCCUCAUCAGUUACACACUGCUCUUAUAUUUGACAAGCGAAAUUGUAUCUCCUCGUUGACGUAUGUCGGUUGUUUAUCAUUUGUUUCUGUUUUAAAAGAAAAGAGAAACUUUAUGGAAAUUCAAAGAUGUCCUCUUUUUGUUUCCCCUCUUCAAACACUGACCUCGCUAUUCUAUUUCAUUUUUUUUUUUUUCUUACUCGAGAAAUCAAGUUGGUUAUUCUAUAUUGUCAUGACAUUAAUGACUAUGAUCACUUAUUUACUCGCUGUACAAGGUGCCCUCCUGCCUGCCUGUGUGUGCAUGAAAGGAGUGAUGACAGUGACUGGAGGAG